CCCCUCCUCCAAACCCCAAUCUCUCUCUCUCUCUCUCUCUCUCUAUAUGCCCUUCUAAAUAAGUAACAUUUAGACUAUUCAAACAACAAACUUUCAGGUGGCCCAUAAUAAUUGGAAACUUUCACCUGAUAUAUCAAACUUUCCUGUUUUUUUUUUUCCAUACUGCCCUGUUUCAAUAUGCCGCCGGCAGCCGGCGUUGUUGCAAACUCCGAUCGAGUUCCACUUAUGCCGACAACUCAACCACCUCCUCUCAUGACAUCCGAAACAUACGCUAAGGACGCCAUUAUAGCAUGGUUUAGAGGUGAAUUCGCUGCAGCAAAUGCGAUCAUUGAUGCGCUUUGUAAUCAUAUCACUCAUCUAGAAGAAGGUGGCAGAUCAUCAUCAGAAUAUGAAUCAGUUUUCGCAGCCAUACAUCGAAGGAGACUGAAUUGGAUCCCAAUUCUUCAGAUGCAGAAGUAUUAUUCCAUCGCUGAUGUCACUCUUGAGCUCCGUAAAGUCGCUGAUGCAAGAAAGGAAAUUAACAAAGUUGAGAUUGCCCACAAGAAACAGAGUGAUGAAGUAAUACUGAAAGAAUCGUUAAAUGAAAAUGCUAACGGUCACCAUGAAGAAGAGUCAAUGGAGAAUAAUUGUGGUGAGGUGGUAGAUGAAGAUUCUUCAAUGAGAGAUGAUUCAAAUGGAUCACCGGAAAGUGAGAUCACGGAUACAGGAUCCCAGGAAGCACAACAUUUCCCAGAUUCCGAUGAAUUUUGCACAAACCAUGAAAACUGCGAGGCGAGGCAUGACCAGAUCAAGAUGACCAAGGGGUUUGUGUCAAAGGAACCAGUCAAAGGACAUAUGGUGAAUGUUGUAAGAGGUCUGAAGUUAUUCGAAGACGUUUUUACUCCGAAUGAACUCUCUAAAUUAGAUGACCUUGUGAAUGAACUUCGAGUUGCUGGUCAAAAUGGUGAACUCUCAGGUGAAACUUUUAUUUUGUACAACCAGCAAGUGAAGGGCAGCAAAAGAGAGCUGAUUCAGCUUGGUGCACCAAUUUUUGGGCAUGUAAAAGAGGAUGCAACAUGUCAAAAGAGUAACAAUGAGCCCAUUCCAGCUCUUCUGGAAGGUGUUAUAGACCACCUGAUUCAGUGGCACCUAAUAUCAGAGAGUAGAAGACCUAACAGCUGCAUCAUCAACUUCUUUGAUGAGGGGGAGUUUUCACAGCCUUUCCUGAAGCCACCUCACUUGGAACAGCCAGUGUCCACCCUUGUCCUGGCUGACUCAAUGAUGGCAUUCGGGCGAUCGCUUGUGAGCGACAGUGAAGGGAACUACAAAGGGUCGCUCAUGCUUUCUCUAAAAGAAGGGUCUCUUUUGGUCAUGAGGGGAAAUAGUGCUGAUAUGGCCAGACAUGCCAUGUGUUCAGCUCCUAACAAAAGAGUCACAAUUACAUUCUUCAAAGUCAGAACAGAGAUGGGAAACAACUUUUCACAAGUUGCUCCUCUGACUAGAGCCAUGACCUUAUGGCAACCUGGUGUUCCAACACAAUAUGCAACUGCAAAUGGAGCACACAAUGGUUAUGAGCCAAUCCCUAAAUGGGGAGUCCUUCAAGCUCCAAUGGUUAUGCUAGCACCAGUUCGUCCAGUAGUUAUGAACCCUCGGAGGGCUGCUCCUCGUGGUGGUACUGGUGUAUUUUUGCCAUUUAAUGGUGGAUCCAGAAAACCUGCAAAGCAUCUUCCACCGCGUGCUCAAAGAGGACGCUUCCUUGCACUACCUCCCCCUGGUGACGCGCCUAAAUCAGAGAGCGGUUCAGAACCAAGUUUGGAUCUUGAUGGAAAAUCACCAUAGAUUCACCAGUUUGAAGUCUUUAAACACCCUUUGUAGCUGAAGGGGCUUUCUUUCUCCUACUGUGUACAAUGAGUGAGCAUGAAUUUGCUUCUAUUUUUUUUUUCUUAUGGUUUUUUCACAGGUUUUCCUUCUUUUUUUUUACCUAGAGAUUAGGCUUUGGCUGCUAUAACUGUUCACCUAUGCCAGCCGUUAUAGGCUUUAGAGAUAACUGAGCGUAGGUAAAUGGAGUGUGUAUUAGCUAAACAAUAGGCUGACUUUUGUAUUUAAGUUUUCGUUUUCAC